CUUGUGUGCCAACCAACUACGCUACGCAAAUCGAAACAAUUUCAGUCAGUUGAUAUUAGCACGUCGAAGGUGAGAGUCGUGCCUGUGUUCAGUAUUUAUUGUGUAGUGUCGUGUUGGGAUUACAAUUAUUUCUACUGGACCUAGGGCACACGCUGUGCCCUCUACAACCAUACAUCAUACAGCCGUCAAAGAUGACCAUACAACUACUAAGAAGAAAACAGUUUAGAGUGUUAAAUACGUACCUAAACACAUAGGACAAACUAGUUAUUUUUAGUGUUCCUUUUUGAGUGAUAUUAGUGUAUAAGUGCCAUUGAUAGUUAAAUAUAACAAUGUUGUUAAGUGUAUUGCUAUUUGUGGCUGUUGUGGGAGCUGAUAGGAGCAAUCUACCUCCAACUUGUGAUAGUACCAUCUAUUGCCAUGGGCCAUUACUGGAAACUGUACAAAUGGCAGGCCUGUACAAUGACUCGAAAACCUUCGUAGAUAUGAAGAUAAAGUCGUCUCCAAAGAUCACCAUGGAACGCUUCCAUGAAAUGAUGAACAGGACAGGUUCCCGACCGACAAAGGCUGAUAUUUCUGAGUUUGUUAAAGCUAAUUUCGACCCUGAGGGCUCAGAGUUCGAAGAAUGGAAACCGACAGACUGGAAAAAUAAUCCUGCGUUCCUAGAAAAAAUUAAGGAUCCCCUCCUUCACCAAUGGGCUUCUGAUCUGAAUAAGUUAUGGUUAGAGCUGGGCAGAAAGAUGAAGGAUGAGGUCAAGCAAAAUCAGGAUCUCUACUCUAUAAUUUAUGUUGAUAACCCGUUUAUUGUACCUGGUGGACGAUUCCGUGAGUUCUAUUAUUGGGAUUCCUAUUGGAUCAUCAAGGGUCUACUUCUUUCCGAGAUGCAUUCUACUGCUCGUGGGAUGGUCAGCAAUUUCCUGGAUGUAGUCGACCGGAUCGGCUUCAUACCUAAUGGAGGAAGAAUUUAUUAUAAGAUGAGAUCUCAGCCACCACUACUAAUUCCAAUGGUAAAGUUAAUUUUUGACGAUUCCGGAGACAUGGAAUAUUUGAGACAGCACAUACAUACUCUAGACCGCGAGUUCGACUAUUGGGUCACAAAUCACACUGUCGAUUUUGAGCAUGACGGACAAAAUUACCAACUUAUGAGGUAUACAGAUAUGUCGCAAGGACCCAGACCCGAAAGUUACAAAGAAGACAUUGACUGUGCUAAGCACUUUGACUCGCCUGAUAAGAAAGAGGAAUUGUACGCGGAACUGAAGGCUGCGGCGGAAUCAGGGUGGGAUUUCUCGUCUAGAUGGUUUAUACUCAAUGGAACAAAUAAGGGGAAUCUGACAAACCUUAAGACUCGGUCGAUCAUCCCAGUGGACUUGAAUGCAAUAAUGUCUUGGAACGCUGAAUUAAUGGCUGACUUCCAUUCGAAACUUGGAAACACGGCGAAGGCUGAUUACUACAAAGAUGUCCACGCUUCAUUGUUGCAAGCUAUUGAAAAUGUUCUAUGGCAUGAGGAUGUCGGUGCCUGGUUAGACUUUAGCUUAGAGUCUAGACGUCGAAGGGAUUAUUUCUAUCCUUCAAACAUCGCUCCUUUAUGGACUGGGUGCUAUGAUAGAGCGAGAAAGGAAUACUAUGUCAAUCGAGUUAUUAAUUAUUUGGAUAAAGUCAAGGUGGACAUCUUCGAAGGCGGUAUACCUACGACGUUUGAGCAUUCUGGGGAACAGUGGGACUAUCCCAACGCCUGGCCUCCUCUGCAAUACAUUUUCGUGGUGGGAUUGGACAACACUGGCUUACCAGAGGCUAAACGAUUGGCCAAUGAAUUGGCUACGAAAUGGGUACGGUCGAAUUUCGAGGUGUGGAAAGUCAAGACUGCUAUGUUGGAAAAGUAUGAUGCGACGAUUUUCGGCGGAUUUGGUGGAGGCGGUGAAUAUGUACUGCAGACAGGUUUUGGAUGGACCAAUGGAGUGGUUAUGUCUCUGUUAAAUCGAUAUGGAGUUGGUGACUUGGAUACUAUUUCGGUAGCUGACGCGUUCGGAACGAGCGAGUCGAGCGCUGUCGUGGGCGCGCACGUAGGCGCUGGGGGCGUGGCCACUGCGCUUCUUAUUGUUAUGGCAUCCAUCGCCGCUGGAGCUUUAGGGUGAGAUAUGCUGUUUAUUUCCAAACGAGGCACAUUAAAGUAAGACCGUUUUAUUAUAUAUUUACGUAAUGUCAGAUAGGUAGUAUAUUUAGUUAUAAAAUACUAAAAACUAAUUAAAAAUACACUUUAUGGGACUUAAUAACACGUGAAAACCUAUGAUCGGAGUUGUGUUAGCUGGUCUAGGUUCUUGAGGUCACGCGUUCAAAUCCCAUUUAAAGCAAUCAAUUGCGAAUACAUUUGAACCGUAUCAUAUAUUCUGUAACUUCCAAUAGCGAUCCAGACAUUUUUUGUAUGGCUAUUGGAAGCUUAAUCCCUUGACGUUGCAUAGAGAUGUGGAAUGUCUAAAUUUACCACUAUAUUUACCAUGGAGAGUGUUCAGAGGAAUUGUUUGGAUUAAUACCGGCAGCUGAGUUUUCAUCAUUAGACGUCGCUAUAUAGGAAAUUCCACCUGUAUCACCUCGACUUCCGUCAUUCCACUGAGCGUGAUUUAAGAUGGUUUCUGCCGCGCCCCACCACUAUAUGGAAUCAGCUGCCCAGUAAUAGGCAAAAGGGUAAAAGACCGGCAACACACUCGCGAGCCGUCGGGUCUUAUGAGUGUCCAUUGUCGGCUGUAUCAUUUAACAUCAGAUGAGCCUCCUAUCCGUUUGUCUUCUGUUCUAUAUAAAAACUGAAUAUCUUCUAAUACGCGCUGAUUUUGACUACCCACAAAAACUGAAAGGAUUAAAUUGACGUUAGAUACUACUACUACUACCGGCAAAGGACUACUUAUUUCCUUAAACACCCUUUUUAAUAAGAAUAAACCGUUAAUUGGCAACGAAGUACAUUCAGAUUGAUUGAUUAUAAAAUACAGCACAUUCGACCAUAAAAAAUAAGGCACACAAAUGUUAUAUUAAUUUCUUUUCCACGCGUUUUAAUCCGAUAAAGUGUAUAAUAACAAUAUUAAUAAUACCAGUAGAAAAAGUUAAUAGUAGUCAAAUUAGUUGUAAGUACAAAUAUUCCUAUAUUAUGUUACCUUACGUAAUAGUAAGAUAGUAUUUAUACGAAAUAGAUAAAUAAGGGUAGAAGAGUUAAGAUAUAUGUGAAAUUAAUAUACAAAGAGAAAAGAGCGUAACCUUAAAGGGCAACGAACUCCAGAGCAUACUGGCGUCAUCAGUGUCCAUGAGCCUUAACAUUGGGCCUCUUGGGUUCUUUAAAAAAAUGUUGUAUAGAAGGAUUACGGACGAUAGUUUAACGUGACAACGUCAUCAGAAAACAUACCUAAGUUUUCGAGUGGAAGACAUACACAUGAGGUGCAAGCGUACUAUGAGCGUAACGAUUCAUGGUUUUUGUGCGUUCAUCCAUAUUAGACGUCGUCACGUCAAAAAACAGCCAAAUUUAUCUAUUUCAUAUAUACUUUCUUUAUAUUAUAUAGCGGUGUUGUAUCGCAAUACCGCUAUCAAACUGUAGAUUAAUCGUAUUAAUAAAGUGAUAUAUUGUAUCACUUGUACUUAAUUAUAUGUAUAAAUAAAUUAUUGUAUUUAUUUAAAUAUUAUCUAACUUUAUUUAAAACCAGUUUACAAAAUUUUAUAUUUAAUCGAUACAAGCAAAUAACUACUGUAAAAAUAUCUUAAGACUUACGAUAUCAAUGUCCCCAUUGCUUAUAGGAACUAAGGUACUCAUUUGUCUCUUUCCGACUAACUGUGUUUACGCUGUGAUGGAGAGAAAUAGAGCACAGUUAAAACUGCAAUAACAUUAAUUUAGUCUAUGAAGAAGGUACAUUGAAACUAUCCCGUAUGCGCUUGAAGAAAACAUUUUAAGAAUAUUUUUUUCAAGUUUCAAGUGAAUUUUGGUGGAUUAGUAUAGUAAAGUUGAAGUCUAAAAAUAAAUAACGGUUCCUCGCUAAAACUAUAAAUAAUAAUAA